ACUGUACACUGUCAUUUACUUGUCAAAUUGUAUUUCUAGUAUCGUUGUUGAAUUCAUCUCAGUACUUAAUAUUAAUAUUAUUAAUUAAAAAAUGGCAGAUUCAGCCACAGAAAUACCUAGCAUAAUAGAAGAGAGUGUUAAGGAAACUAUCAAAAAUGUUACAGACAAGCCACCAGCGAGUAUUGAGGGAGUCGCAAUCGCGUACUUGAGUUUAGUUGUUAUGGCUAUAUUACCCAUAUUUUUUGGGUCAUUUCGAUCUGUAAAGUACCUUAAGGAACAAAAGGAGUCUGGACAAGCCCAUGAGACUAUGUCAAACAAAGAUGCGCUCAUGUUCCCGCUAAUUGCAUCUUGUGCCCUGUUUGGCCUCUAUGUGUUCUUCCAAUUCUUCUCCAAGGAAUACAUCAAUCUUCUUCUCACUGGAUAUUUCUUCUUCCUGGGAGUACUUGCAUUGAGUCAUCUACUUAGUCCAGUAAUAUCCCUCAUAAUGCCAGCAUCAGUGCCCAAUGUGCCGUAUCAUAUCCACUUCACGCGCGGCGAGCGUGACGGCCGCUCUGACAUCGUUAACUACAAGUUUACCUCCUAUGACGUCAUAUGCCUGAUCAUAUCCCUCUGUCUCGGCGGUUGGUACCUGUUUAAAAAGCACUGGAUCGCAAACAACUUAUUCGGUAUUGCAUUCGCCAUCAAUGGAGUGGAACUGUUGCAUCUGAAUAAUGUGGUGACAGGAUGCAUUCUUCUCUGUGGUCUGUUCCUCUAUGACAUUUUCUGGGUGUUUGGUACGAAUGUAAUGGUCACAGUAGCCAAAUCUUUUGAAGCACCCAUCAAAUUGGUGUUCCCCCAAGAUCUACUAGUGAAUGGGUUCAACGCGAGCAACUUCGCCAUGCUUGGUCUCGGAGACAUCGUAGUGCCGGGAAUAUUCAUCGCUCUCCUUCUACGGUUCGACAAGAGUCUGAAACGCGGCUCCGAGUUCUACUUCCGCGCCACUUUCUGCGCUUACAUCCUGGGCCUGUUGGCCACGAUCCUCGUGAUGCACGUGUUCAAGCACGCCCAGCCGGCGUUGUUGUACCUGGUGCCUGCUUGUUUGGGCACGCCACUCGCGUUAGCGCUCUUGCGGGGAGAUAUCAAUGCCUUAUUCAAUUACGAAGACCAGCCAGCCAUUCCCGAGGCAGCGGCAGGCGACAGCAAGGCAAAGAAGUCCGAGUGAAUACCAACAUCUCCCAUACGAUAAGCACAAAUCGUUAGCACAUCCGUGUUUUAACUAUAUUCCAAGAGUAUAUAUUAUUUUUUACAUACAUGACAAUGCUACGGGACCAUUGUGGCGCGUGGACUUGAUUAAUUUGCAUUUUGGUUAGAUGAGAGGAAUUUUAUAAACCGACUUUACAAAAUGAGAGAUUGACUAUGUUUGCUUCCUUUGUUCUUCCAUGGUGUUCGUCGAUAUGCAAGAUGGUAUUGGAUUUUUGACUAUAUAAAUAUUUUUAAAUUAUUCUUAAUAAACAGUGAAGUUGACCAAACUUCUUAGAAUAACAUCAUUACUUCUAAAUCCUAAUUACAUAUUUUAGUAUUUAUGCCUGUAUAUUUAUAAACCUAAAAACCGUUGUAAUGAAUUCCUUUUUCUAACAUAUUAACUGUAAUAAUAUACAGAAAAUAAAGAGUUAUUUUUAUUAUCUAUUCUAAACUCUGUGUGCGAGUUGAUAUUCUUUUAAUUAAAUAUAAAAAAUAUAUCAAGGUGUAUGGUUGUUAAAAAUGACAGAUCUAAGGAAAAAUAAAUAUAUUUUUAAUGAAUUUAUUACUCUUAUAUGGUAAGAGGGCUUGCACACUGUUCUAAUUUGAAGAGAGCUGUGCUAAUAAAAUGCCUAUUAUUUUUCACAUUGGAGGUAUGAGAUGUCAUCUCCAUCGAAAUAGGUUGCUAUGAUAAAUGUCUAUGAUUUAGAGAUAUGACCUGAUAUGAAUAUUACCUGUUUAAUACCUACUAAAGUCCGGCCGCUCAGGGUUUUCGUUUCUGACAGGUCGGGAUCGAAUGGGCGAUGUAACUUUGAACUGACGUACAAUUUAUGGCAAAAUUUUAAAUAUAUUUUAUUUGCCUCAUUAACGAGUGAUGUCAUUAAAAAUUUAAUUAUUAUUCUAACUUACAAUAAACGUAUUAAUUUUGGGCUAAAAUUAUUAACUGCGUAACAAAUAUAAAAACAAUUGUUUUAAAAGUCACAUCAU